AUAUAGUUUAUACUUAUCAGUAUUUAAAAAGCGUUAAACGAUUUAUUGCUUUCAAACGUAAUUUUGAUACCUAUCAUAACUUUUUAUUAAUAGUGUUGAAUAAUACCAUCUUAGUUACAAUGACCUGCUUCAUUAUGCUACCCAAUGACAAAUACAGUUGACCUUUUAUUAGAACCGGAUCUUUUUGUCCAAACUAUGUAGUAUGAAAAAUAAAAUUGAAACACAUUAAAUUAAAAAUGAGUACAAAUUUUAUAAAAUUAAGUCCAGAUAAAGCAGAUAAGCGGUAUUUAAUACAAAUCAAAGUACCUUCUCUCUGUUUGUAUACAAUGUUGAGUGUAUUUAUUACAUUUAUUUUUUGUAUUUUUUGGACUAUAUGGUUUCAUCUGGAAGACUCUACAGGAACUCAUUGUGGAGUAAAAAAUUAUCUACCUUCAAUAUCUACUGCAAUUGGGAAAUAUUCAAUACAACAGUUUUUGUGGAAUCUGGCAAUAUUUGCUCAUAGUCCAAUUAGAUUAGUUGUAACCAGUAUGUACUUUCAGUACUACAGUAAAAUAAUCAAAUCAUCAUUGAAUUGGUGUGUUCUACUUCUAUGGACAUUGAAUAUUAUUGAAUUGUGUUCAUUAGUAUCAUUAUCAGUGUUUACAUCAACAAAUUAUUACAGUAUUCAUGAAAAAAGUUUUAUUACAUUUAUAAGUGCAUCUGAACUAAAUAUGUUGAUAUCAUGUAUGUUACUGAAGAAAGGACGUUUUAAUAAGACUGUAGCUACCAAAUUAGAAUCAAAAUCAUUAUCUUAUAAGAUAUAUUUAACAAUAUUUAAUUGUAUAUGUUUUACAAUUGCUGCUGUUUGUUUUUUACGUCACAAUGCUUAUUGUGAAACUGGUGUGUAUACAAUCUUUGCGUUUUUUGAAUAUCUAGUUGUACUGAGCAACAUGGGCUUUCAUAUGACUGCUUCUUUAGAUUUAGCAGGAAUGUCAAUAGUUUUAGAUGACAAUCUUAAUAUUCAUUAUAGAUGAGAGUUGUUUUAUUGUUAACUAUUUGAUAUCUGAGAUACUAAUAUAAAUAUAAGGUUUAAUAACCAUUUGUUGUGAUACUGUUAAUACCAAAAAUAAAAUGAUCUAUCAUCUUUAAUAUUAUGUUUAAGUGUUAAAUUAAAGUUAAUGAAUUGUUUAUGACUAAUAAAGUAAUAUAUUUAGACAGUUUUUGUUAUAUUAAUAUCUUAGAUUUUAAGUAAUAAUUCUUGAUGUUUGUUUAAAAAAGUGACUAUUGUUUUACAAUAAAAU